CAGGUGGACUGGAGGGGACUGGAGCCUGGGGGGUGGGGAAGGGGACAGUUGGAAAAGAUAGGCCUUCCUGUGCUGGGGCCUGGGCCCUGAGAUUCAGAUGGAACCAUCCCGGAAGUGGAAAACCAGGGGAGGAUGCUGAGUACAUGGGGAUGCAGGGCUCGUGAGGGCCUGGAAGACACAGAAAUCCGGCUCCAUGGGUCUCAGGAGAGGUAGGUAGGACUAGGGACUUGAGAGCAACAGGGAACCCUGGGAUGAUCUGGAGCAGCGGGGAGCAGGGUCAGAUGUGGAUAUCAGAGGCUACAGGCAGGACAGAGGGAGCAGAGGCCAGAAGGCUGGGGAGGAGGAAGUCUGAGCUGAGGGGAGGCCAUCGGAUGUGAGGCCGCGUUGCCUUCCUCUGGGAAGCCUUCCCGGAUUUGCCCGACAUGUCUGCUACCUCCUUUUCAGCUGGGACUCUGUUCUCCCCCUCUCCCCUUGUGGGUAGAACAGGCAGGGAUAGGGCUGGGUUUCCCCACAGGCAGGGCCAGCCUAUGAGGACAACAAGUAGGGUGGGGUGGGCGGCUUAGCCACCAGUUCAGCCAGGGGGACCCUGGCACCUCCUGCUGGGUCUGGCUCCCUUCCCCGCCCAGGAAGCUAAGCUACCAGUCCUGUUGGACUUGUCCAACCCAGGAGGGACAGAUGCAGGCCCUGGAUCUCUCUCCAGUGUCCUCUCAGGGGUGCGGCCAGCACCAUGGACAUCCUGCAGGCUCUGCUGCUCUUCCUACUCCUGGCCCCUCCGUUAAGGAUGCUUGCCCUGGGAGCCACUUCUGGACUUCAGCAAACCAACUUUACCUCCGCCUCCUUCUUGGACUCAGCCAGCUCCUCCCUCGGCCUGGGCUCGAAAGUUCCCUCCAUCAAACCCCCCAGCCAGAACUUUCCAAAACUCUCUCUGGAUUCACAAGCCUCUGCUGAAGUUCCUGAUUCCAACUGGCUUCCCAAGGCCCGAAAUUCAAAUGAUGUGUCUGAGUCCCUCUGGUCAAAUAUUUCUGCCGAGGGUCAACAUUUGAGCCCCCAUCCCACCUUCUCUAAGAUUCCUGGUUCAGAAGUGUUUCCUGCCAAAAGUCCUGUGCCUUCCUUCUCUGUUAAGACCACAACUUCAAACAUUUCUGCUCAAUUUCCUGACUCCAAAGUGACUGUUGAGGCCCCAGAUUCAAAACUCCCCCCUGAGAAUCGGGACCUUGAAUUCUCUGCCCAGAGACCCCAAUCCAAAGUUCCUCUGGAGACCCACUCAGCUUCAAGCUUCCCCCAGCAGGUUGGGGGGCCUCUUGCUGUGCUGGUGGGGACUACCAUCCGACUCUCCCUGGCUCCAGCCCCCAGCCCUGUUCCUCCUGCCCCUCUGGUAGUUUGGCGAAGAAGCUCCAAGGUGCUAGCAGCUGGGGGCUUGGGGCCAGGGGCUCCUCUGAUCAGCCUGGACCCUGCACACAGAGACCGCCUGAGAUUCGACCAGGCCCGAGGGGGGCUGGAACUUGCCUCUGCCCAGCUGGAUGAUGCCGGGGUCUACACAGCUGAAGUCAUCCGGGGUGGGGUCUCUCGGCAGAUUCAGGAGUUCACAGUCAAUGUGUAUGAGCCCAUACCCCAGCUGUCUGUGCAGCCAGAGACCCCAGAGACGGAGGAGGGGGCGGCGGAGCUCCGGCUGCGCUGUGUGGGCUGGAAACCAGGCUGUGGGCAGCUGAGCUGGACCAGAGACGGCCGUGCUCUGAAUGCAGCGGAUUCUGAGGGAGCAGAGUCGUCCCGGAUCCGCGCAGAGGGCGACCAGCUGCUCAUCGCUCGCCCUGUGCGCAGCGACCAUGGGCGGUACACCUGCCGCGUCCGCAGCCCCUUUGGCCACACCGAGGCUGCGGCCAACGUCAGCGUCUUCUACGGUCCGGAUCCGCCGGUCAUCACAGCGACUUCCAGUCGAGACGCCGCCCCGGACCUGUAUGUCACUGCGGGCAGCAACGUGACCUUGCGCUGCACCGCCGCCUCGCGGCCGCCGGCUGACAUUACGUGGAGCCUGGCGGACCCGGCCGAGGCCGCAGUGCCCGCGGGGCCGCGCCUCCUGCUGCCAGCCGUCGGGCCAGGCCACGCGGGCGCCUACGCCUGCCUCGCAGCGAACCCGCGCACUGGCAGCCGGCGCCGCUCGCUGCUCAACCUUACGGUGGCAGAUCUGCCCCUCGGGCCCCCAAAGUGCUCGGUAGAAGGGGGUCCUGGGGACCGCAGCCUCCACUUCCGCUGCUCGUGGCCAGGCGGGGUACCUGCAGCCUCCCUGCAGUUCCAAGGUCUCCCCCGCGGCGUGCGCGCGGGUCCGGAGCCCUCCGAGCUCCUGGCGGUGGUUCCCGCCCACCCGCAGCUCAGUGGAGUCCCCGUCGUCUGCCUUGCUCGCCACCUGGUGGCCACGCGCACCUGCACUGUCACCCCGGAGGCCCCCAGGGAGGUGCUGCUACAUCAGCUGGUGCAAGAGACAAGGUCAGGGCAGGCAGAGGUGGCUCUGGAGGCUUCUGGCUGUCUCCCACCCUCUCGAGCAUCCUGGGCCCGGGAAGGAAGGCCCCUGGCUCCAGGAGGCGGGGGUCGCCUGCGAAUCAGCCAAGAUGGGCAGACGCUUCUCAUCAGCAACUUCAGCCUGAAUGUGGACCUGGGAAAUUACUCCGUGUUCUGCAGUGGGGCGCUGGGUGCUGGGGUCGAUCAGAUUACCCUUAUUGGCCCCUCCAUCGCCUCAUGGAGGCUGCAGAGAGCCCGGGAUGCGGCAGUGCUGACUUGGGAUGUGGAGCGUGGGGCCCUGAUCAGCAGCUUUGUGAUCCAGGCACGGACAGAGGGACCUGAACUGGGCAGAGCCACAGCCUAUGAGGACUGGAUCUCCCUGCUUAUCCUGGGGCCUCAGGAGCGCUCAGCUGUGCUGCCCCUCCCUCCUCGGACUCCCAGGGCCUGGACCUUGCGCAUCCUGCCCAGACUGGGGUCCCAGCCAGGGCCUCCAUCCCAAAGCCGGGUCUACCAGGCAGGCCCCACCUUGGGCCCCGGUGCCAUUGCUGGCAUUGUCCUGGGCUCCCUAUUAGGUCUGGCACUGCUCGUCGCGCUCCUUCUCCUCUGCAUCUACUGCCUGCGGUGCUACCGGGCGAAGGCGCCAAAGAAAAAGAAGCAUCCUGCAGCCUUGGCUCCUGUGGUCAUCUCUCCAGAGGAGAAGAUGCAGACUGUGAGCCCAGUACAGACCCCACAGCCACUGCCCCUCCAAGUCCCUCUGAAGGACUCUAACAAAGCCAAGGCCUACCAAGCCACCAGCCCCAGUCCAGUCAUCUUUCCAGGUGGGGGACCAAGAACUGUUCGGACAGCCACGCAGGUGUGAUCAGAGCCAGUGCCCCACUCUUCACGGGGUAUUUUGGGGCAAGGAUCCAGCAGCAAGUAGGGCCAGCUAUGACUGAGGGCUGGGCCCUGAAAGUGGGACUCCCUGUCUCGUCACAGAGAAGACUUACCCUGUGUUUGUAGACCCAGCCCAGGAGGUCCUGCACAUCUGGAAAAGUGCAGUUCUCACAACCCCCGGCUCUGGGGCGGACAGGCAGGGCCAGCGUGUUCCUCUGAGCUGGAGGGGAGCCUGUCCAGGUUCCCUGAAGUGGUCUCCUGUCUGCCUCCUCUGGGCCACACCCCCUCCAGCUCCCAGGCUUCAUUCUUCUCUUUAGACUCUUUAGAUUUUAUCUAAACUCCUCAAGGACCUCCAAGGUCUUGUGGUUUGGCCUGUUGGCCUUCAUCACCCUCUUCCCAGGACUAACCCUGCUCCCUAGCGUUUCUUUUUCUUUUAAAUACCUUUAUUUAUUUUUAUGUGGUGCUGAGGAUCGAACCCAGGGCCUUGCAGGUGCUAGGCGAGCACUCUACCGCUGAGCCACAACCCCAGCCCCUCCCUAGCGUUUCUCCCCCUCCAGGCCUUUGUCCCUGGAUUCACUCUGUCUGGCCACUUGUCUUCCCCAUAUCGAUCAUCAGCUCCCAGGUAGCCGUUACCACAGACCAUCUUUCCCCUCACCUCUCUUUGGUCAUGGGUUAGGUCCCAGAGCCCCUGAACUUUUCCCUCCUCACAUGUAAACACAUCAUUAUGCGUAGCUUAGGUUCCAGCUCUACGAUGACAGCGUCACAGAGGCAGAAACCACACAUUAUCUCAGCACUUAUCACAAAGCCUGGCACACAGCAGGCGAUCAAUAAAUUAUUUGUUGACUGA